AUUUGAAUCCUUGCUGAAUUUUGAAGCAAGUAAGAGAGAGAGAGAUACACAUUACAACUAAAAAAAUGGCCUUUGUGGAGAUUGAUUUCCAUGGUGAAAUAUUCAAACAUUAUGCCUUGAUCAUUGCAUUUCUGGUUCUGAAGAUGAUGUUCUAUGUACCUUGGACUGCUGUUACCAGGAUCAGGAGAGGGGCAUUUGCAAACCCAGAGGACAUUCUUCCAUGGAUCCAAGAUGCCAAAGUCACACAUAAUGAUGAAGUUGUGGAAAGAAUCAGGAGAGCCCAUAGAAAUGACUUGGAAAACAUACCUUUCUUCAUGGUCAUUGCAUGGCUUUACAUGAUGACAGGACCUAGUGUGGAUUUGGCAAAGACUCUGUUUGAGGUGUUUGCAGUGUGCAGAUACAUGCACACUAUGGUUUAUGCAUUGUUUCCUUUGCCUGCUGCAGCCAGAAGUUUAGCUUUCAUGUUGGCAUUCCUUGUGAUGGGCUACAUGACUAUUUGUGUCCUUGUUUCAUGCUAUGUUUGAAGGUGAUGGUUUUUCUUCAUCUUUCACUUGUUCAAUACAGAAGCUCUUUCUUCAAAGUUCAUGAAAUAUAAUAGUAUGAGAAUGAUAA